AUGGGAUGCGGCUCAAGCAAAAUUCAAAAAGAUGGUGAUGCUCUCGAUACAACAUUCGAUAAGCCCCGGCCAGCGGUUCGUCCGCCAUCCCAAAGCGCGCGAUCCCAAGGAAGACCUGUCUCCGGAACUGGGGGUGGAAGACGAACAGUAGCCCCAUCCCAAGCGGCUUCGAAAGCACCCUCAAGAACUCAGUCUAGAACACAGUCGAGGAAUCAAUCGAGGACCCAGUCCAGAACCCAUUCGAGAUCCCAAUCUUAUGCUGGAUCGAAAGUGCCGUCGCGACGAGGUCCACAAGCCCACAAGCGUCGCUCCACAGCCCUGGGGACUAUCCCUGACGAGCAGCCACCGGAAGAUAGCACGAUCCGGGAUGAGGUCACGGCGUUCCGAUUAUUUAUCGAUCAACACUCGAUUAACUUCUAUCACACUCAGCGGGACGAUAGCGGGGCAUCGAUUUCUAGAUACAUCGCACGUACCAUCAUCAGCAAUGUUAUUGAAAAGCACAUGAACGAUCACGGAGUUGCGGAGAAUCUUGCAGGCGCACUCGUAAACGAGGAUGAUAGGGGAUAUGAUGGGCAGGCAUCCCGCAAACUGGACCUUCAGUUGGCACGGAGGGAGUGA